CACUGGUAGCGUCUUGCACACCGGAAGCAGAGGAGAAGCAGCAGCAAAGACAAACAGAACACUCGGGACGAACUCAACGGGCGGAACGAGUGCAACCAUGGUGGGACAGGGCUGGACAUUGGGUAACGCCUCGGACCAAGGACCUCAUGCUGCCCCUGAAACACUUACGACAAGCACAGAGAGCGCAGCGGCCACAAUGAACACAACGGAUGUGAAGGAGGCUGAGACCACAGGUGCUAUCUCGGGCCAAACAGCUGAUGCCACCAAUGAUAGGCCAAGCACCUCAACCAAGUAUCUGCGUUACAACUUGAAGUGGUACAACAAAAGCCCGCUUAAUAAAUCUGUGAACGCCAGUUACCACAUAUGGUUCCUCGAGACAUCCAGUCGACGGAAGCUGAAGGCGCGGCAAGCCUGCAGUGUCGAGUCGGCUUGCCGGCACAACAGCGACUUCACCGUCCAUCUGCUGUCAAACGGAAACAUCAGCUCCUCCGACUGUCCUUACCACGCCGCACUUUCGAAAAUACCUAAUUUCCGGUCUGCACUGUUAAACGCGAGUGCCAUACUCGCCGAUACUCCGCUGGCACCUCUUCAAGCCAAGAGAGGUCCGCUCACUGGAAGCCGCUAUCCUACAGAACACCUGAGUGACUUUCUGCGCCUCGCCAUGCUUUGGAUCCACGGUGGCUGGAAGAGGUUGUUCGAUCCUAAAGAUGCGCCAGAUGUACUAAAGACUAUAAAUGGCAGCUACGGCGUCCACUUCUGGAACAGUAUCAGCAAAGGGGAGCGAGUGGUGCCUGGGUCUGGCUGUGCGUUGGACCUCCUCGCUGGUGCCCACUGCCCCCGGGUGUAUAGAUUAGCGCUCUCUGACGGGGACCUUUGA